GAUUCUUUCCACUUUUUUUCUAUUCUUUUUCAUUUCAUAAUUAUUAUGGCAUCAGCUAAAAAGACCUACCCAUUCUAUUUCGGUGGCGCCGCUUCAUGUGUGGCAGCUGUUGUUGUUCACCCUUUUGACCUUACUAAGGUGCGUCUUCAAAAUACUAAAGGUAGUGCCAAACUUGGUAUGUUUUCGACGAUGAUCAAGAUCGCUCGAACUGAAGGUUUCUUCAACCUCUAUGCCGGUCUUUCUGCUUCAAUUCUUCGACAAGCCACUUAUUCUACUGUUCGUUUUGGUGUUUAUGAAAAAUUAAAGGAUCUUGUUCAAGCAAAGACUCAAAAAAAGGCCAGUGUGCUUGAACUCUUGAUGUGUUCUAGUAUUGCAGGUGCUUUAGGUGGUGCCUGCGGUAACCCUGGUGAUGUAGUUAAUGUCCGUAUGCAAAAUGACGGACAGUUGCCUAUUCAACAACGUCGCAAUUACAAGCAUGCCAUCGAUGGUGUUAUUCGUAUCUCAAAAGAGGAAGGCACAAGCGCAUUGUUCCGUGGUCUUGGACCUAAUGUAAACCGAGCCAUUUUGAUGACUUCAGCACAGUGUGUUUCCUAUGAUAUGUUCAAGUACCUCAUCUUGAACCAUACACCUAUGCAGGAUGGUAUUCCCGUCCAUUUGACUUCUAGUGUACUUGCUGGACUUGUGGCAACUACUGUAUGUUCACCUGUUGAUGUCAUUAAGACCCGUAUUAUGUCCGCAAGCACUGGUGACCAUAAAAUGUCAGCUACUCAGAUCAUGAAACAAAUGUUCAAGGCUGAAGGUGUGAGUUCAUUCUUUAAGGGUUGGACACCCGCUUUUAUCCGUUUGGGUCCUCAAACGAUCAUUACAUUUGUUGUGCUUGAACAAUUCAAGUCUUGGUAUGAUUUACUCCAAUCCAAAAAGUCUACCGCAAAGACUGUUGCAGCUCAUCAAAUCUAAAGCUAUCAUUAUUUACAUACUAUCAUUUAUUUAUUUUUUUCUUUUUCUUAUACACUCAAGAUAUCAUUUCUUUUAGAUUAUUUUUAGAGAUAGACUUUUAUAAAAAAAAUUUUUUUUUCUGUUUUUGCCCAUCA